CCCUAGGCUCGAGUUUACUAUGUACCAUCCCAGACGCUAGCGUCAGUUAGCGGGUCAAACACAGUAGCUCGAGAUGCCAACCGAAUUUUGCGGAUUUGCGACGGAUUACUGCGGGCCUCGCGUGUCUGGGAGGUUUGGGAGAACUCUGGGCGACUACAAUGACUCCCUGUGUGCUCCGAAUUUUGUCUAAACGUGAAAAUUCUUGCAGGCAACAACCGAGCAACGAUCACAGCUCACCAAGACAGCACGGAGCGCCGUAAGAUCACUGAAGGAAAAGGCACAAAGAGAGGUACAAGUCUACAGUUCAGUAUCCAGGGAUUCCAGAGCAGUUAGACAGUCAAAGAGUGUAAAAUUCCACAGAAAGGAGCGCAGACGAAGAUCGUUCCAGGGUCAUCCUUAUGAAGAUCUCUUCAACAAUUUACUUGCCACAGACGGCAAUGAUCUGCGGAACGCCCGUAUAAAACGUCGUGCGAGCAUCGCCACAGGUCGGCCUGCCGCGAUGGAGGGGAGGGGGAGACAGAGCCCCGCGUCGUUCAGCGACCGCUCCAGUCCGUCCGGGGGAAUCAUCCGCGCCGUCCUCGCUCAGGCCGCAGGGAAACGCCUCAAGAAAGUACAGAAGAAGAUUGAGAGAGCGAAAACCCCCACACUACCGGAUGGAGAUGAACACAGAUACCACUCAGGAAUAUCUGACUAUGAGGAGGCAGAGAGAAGUUUGGCUCUGAGUGACAAAGAUGGCCCGGCGUCGCUGCGUUCGCUCCGUGCGGGAACACCGCCGCUUUACGGCUCCAGACCAUCGUCAGGGCGGAUUCCUCAGAUCAGGAGAGACACGGACGAGGAGAGCGGGAGAGAGGGAGAUGAUUCUGUUCCAAGAAGUGCAGCUUCAACCCCCCGUGGAGAGAUUACUGGCAGUGUCAAGGAACUUUCUGUUUCCUUCUCCAAGAAGAGUCCACAGGGAUCUCGUGCCCUGAGAAUAGAAAAGGAGAGAUUGGAGAGCGAGCUUCGAAAAGAAAAGGCAGAGCUCUCCAACAUGCGGUUUGAGAGAGAAAUGUUACUGGAAAGAGAAAAACAAUAUGGCAAGAACAUCCAGGACCUUCAGAACAGAGUGUCCCAGCUGCUGACCCAGCAGGACAGACUGCAGAAGGAGCACGGCACCGAGCUGGGGCGCUUCCAGAGCAAGGCACUGGCAGACGUCGAGCGGGAGAAGAAGGAUGCAGCACAGAGGGCCAGGAUCCUGGAGGGAGAGCUGGACGCACUGAAAGUCGAGAAUGCAUCUCUAGAGAAACAGCUGAGAGUGGCUAAAACUACAAGUGCUCUGGCAAGGGAGUCCGAUCGGACCGGUCGAGAGAGGCAUCAGUCUGAACUCAGAAACAUGCAGGAUGAGAUCAGAAGAACUCACCAACUCCUAGCAGAGCAAGAAAAAGUAGUGGAAGAGAACAACAAGAAGAGUGCACAGAUGCACGAAAAGUUUGCCAAAGCUAGAGAACAGAAGACCCAGCUCGAAAGAGACUUAGAAAACAGCAAAAGUGUUGCAGAGCAAAGAAUUAAGACAUUAGAGGGUAGAGCCAAAGUCGCUGAGGAAAACCUGGAGUUGGCGAGAACUGAACAUUCCGAGGAACUGGCCAAAACUAGAGAAGAGCUCAUCAGUCAAGUCAUGCAGCUACAGACGAAGCAGUCAGAGUUGACCCGUCUCCUGACCAUAGAGAGAGAGAAGACCAAGUCCCUCCAGUCCACAGUCAGACAUCUGGAGGACAGACUGGAACGGCAGCGCUCAUCGUCAAGAAGCUCUGGUUUCGCAGGUUCAGAGGCUACAGAAUCCGAGCGAGAAGAGAUCGAGGAGAGCCUGCGGUCGCAGAUCGAGGAGCUGCAGUACCAGAAGGACGAGCUAGAGGCGCAGCUGGACGAACUCAGGGAGGAGUUCGAGAACAAGGUGUUCAAUGAGACCAAAGAACUGCAGAAGACAUUCUCAGAAAAAGUAGCCACUCUCCUUAAGGAGAACGAGGAGUCUCACAAGAAGGUGAAGUCUCUGGAAGACGAGCUGACCAACUCCCGCACUGCCGCCGGGCUGCAGAGCGGCGAGAACAGGAAACUCCUGGCCAGGCUACACGAGGCCGACUCACAGAUCAACAAACUUAGAGAAAACCUGGAGAAGUCUGAGGCCCAGCUUGGCGUGAAGGAGCAGGAGAAGCUCCACGUCCUGCACGAGAAGUCUCAGCAGCAGUCGGAGAUCAGCCGGCUCCGCGCCAAGCUCACCACGCAGGAGGCGCUGAUCCAGACCGCCGAGGACGGGCGACAGAAGGUGGAGAACGAGUGGAAGAAAACCAUGGAGGACCUGAAGGCAACCGACUCUGUCAGGAUAGAGCUGGAGAGACUGAAGUCCCAGCUGAAGGAGCUGGAUAACGAGUACCAGGAGUCGUGCCAGGAGAGGACUGACAUGGCCCAGAAGCUGGAGGUGUCUGCCAAGGAGGCUGACUCCCUCAGGGCCAGGGUUGACUCUCUACUGUCUGAUCUGGAGCAACUGGACUCACAGAAAGCAGGUUUGCUGGAGGAGAUUGGUGCGCGGGACAGGAAGAUGGAAUCUCUGCUGGCCCAGUACCGAGCCCUGGAGGACCAGCUACAGAGGGAUAGGAGAGACCUGCUGUCUGAACAGGACCUCAGCCAGAGGCUCAUGGGACAGCUUGCUGAGCUGCAGCAGAAGUACCAGCUUGAUGCUGAAGCCAGAACCGGAGACUUUGAAGAACAGAACGCCAAACUUCUGCAGGACAACUACAAACUCCUCAACACUAUUGAACUAAAGGAAGCAGAGCUGGAGGAAACUUCAAGACUACUGAAAGAAGAAUUGGAAGAAUCUGAAAACAGGGCAACAGAGAAGGAGAAGAUGUUUUCAGCAACCAAGAAAGAUGUGGACAAAUUCCGAGGAAUGGCAGAGGAAAAAGACAAAACCAUCUCCAGACUCGAAGAUGAGCUGCACAACAAGGAAAAGCAGCAGCUGCUGUUAGAAAACCAGCUUCAGGCCACAAAGAGUCGUAUUGAACAGAUGGAGGAGAACGAGAGACAGUCAGCAACAAGUCUGAAGGAUAAGUGCAACAAGCUGGAAGGCCAGCUAAAUGAACUGACCGAUGAAAAGAGAAGGCUGCAGAAGGAGUUGAGGGAAGGACAGAAGGAGGCAGACAGACUGAAGGAGGACAAGAAGUCAUUGCAGAAUGAGGUGAGAGAUGCGAGCAGGUCCCUGGCAGAGUCCCAGGAGAGGGAAGCCAUGUUACAGCAGCACAGCAGCUCCACUGUGGAGAACAUCCAGGCUGAGCUCAUGAGGACCAAGCAGCAGCUGGAGAGGGACAAGAGAAACCUGCAGGAGGAUCUGCAGAACGCCAAGAACAAGAUUAACGUACUUGAGGCGACAAUCAGAGAGAAGGAGCUUCACCUGGACCAUUUCACCAGGAGUACAGAGGAAAAGACCCAGUCCAGCAUCAAGGCUAUAGAAGACGGCCUGGAAAAGGCUAACCAGGCUCGGGAGAAGCUGAGACAAGACCUGAAGGCACAAGAACAGAUCAACAUGGCACUCAAGGCACAGCUGCAGGAGGAGUCGUCUGCUCGGAGGUUGUCUGAACAGAGGAAUGAGGAACUCCAGCAGGAGAUCCGGGAACAGAAGACUGAGAAGGGACUGUACUGCAGCAACCUCGAGGAGGAACUGAAAGUUGCCAGACUGCAGAUUUCUGACCAGAAGAAACAGAUGCAGAGACUACAGAAGACAGAGAAGUCCUCCAUCACCCUCCAGUAUCAAGUUGAGAGUCUAGAAAAGGAGAGAGACAAGUUACAGAAGGAUGCACAUUCCCUGUCUGUGGAACUGGAGAUGGUUAGGGAGCAUCUGGCAGAGAAAACAGUGGAUAACAACCGGUUUAAGGAGGAGGUUGCCUCCAUGGAGAGUAAACUGGACCUGCUGAACACUCGGCUGAGGGAAGCCCAGGAGAGUUCUAACAACGGGCUACAGGACUUGUUCAUGGCUAAGAACCAGGAGUUGGAGGGAGAAAUUUCCCGCCUCAGGACAAUGCUGGCUAAGAAGGAGGAGGAGGAGAUAGACGAGCACAGAAGAGCGCUGGAUGGAACAACAAGUGUUGAAAUGAGGCAGAUGUUGAUGGAGAUCAAACAAAGGCAGCUGGACAUGCAGACCACCCUGAGGAAGUCACCCGGCAAGAAUUCUCCUGACAAAAACUUGAUCAACGAGCUUUACCGUGAGAUCGGUCGUCUGACGGCGCUGAGCACGGGUCAGCACGUGCGUAUCCGUGAGUUGGAGGACGAGGUGCACAGGCUCAGGAACAGGAUCCUCAUCAUGCAGAGGAACAGCGACAGAUACCACCAAAGAUACAUGAAUCCUGACAACUUUGUUCAGGAGAUCAACUCCAGGAUAGAAAAGUCGCUGAAGAUGGCAGAAUCCAGAAACUUCCAGACACCACCGUCCAAGGACUACAUGUCCCCAUCAACUGGCAACUUUGGAUAGCAACUCCGUCCUUUUAUUUUUAUUCAUCGGUCACCACAAAACAAGGCUCAUGGGAGCCACUUAAAAUGUUUUGGGUUACAGAACAGCCA